AAGAGAAAAAACAGUUAUUUACUGUUAAGUUUAGGUUUUAAUUCACUUACUUUUGGUGACUAUGUGCUAAAAAUAUAUAUUAAAAACUAACAUCGGUCAGAUUUACUAAAUCACUUCCAUAUAAACCCCAAAUAUAAACUGGGAGAAGUUUAAUAAUUCCUAAGUGCUUGGAUUCUGUAGUAAUUCUGUUUGAACUCGUAGUGCCGCUGUUGACCAUGAUGUCUAAUAACAGCAGUUUGUUGCUGCACCUCAAAGCAUCGCCAUUAUGAAAAGGAACACGACACGAUCCGAGGACCGCUCCAGUUCUCUGAUUUAUUUUAGAAAAGGAAACACGGAAGAUUGAAGCUCCGUUGUUUUUAAAGGAAGCAUUUUUCACGUUUAUUGUGUGACUGGGAUUUUUUUUUUUUUCUUACUGGAUUUAUUUAAAAGGAAGCUCUGGAUUUAAACUCAGACAACAAUGGAAAGGCAAGUGACGCUGCUCGUCUUUCUCCUCUCCUUUGGCUUUGUGCUCGGACAGGUCAGCUACAUCAUCCCAGAAGAAAUGUCAAAAGGAUCUUUAGUUGGUAACAUAGCUCAUGAUCUAGGUUUACAAAUUAGCCGUUUAAAAUCGGGAAAAGCGCGGAUUUUUACCAGAGACAGCGAGGAGUUCGUGGAGCUGAACAGAGAGAGAGGAGUCCUCCUCGUUAAAGAAAGGAUCGACAGAGAGGCGCUCUGCGAACAGACGACGCCCUGUGCGUUACAUUUUCAGAUUAUUCUAGAAAACCCCAUGGAGUUUUAUACUGUCACAAUUCAGGUUACAGAUAUUAAUGAUAAUCCACCUAUAUUUGAAAGGAGUGAAAUGAAGUUUAAGAUCAGUGAGUCGGCGGUGAUCGGAGCUACUUUUGUUCUGGAGAGAGCUGUGGAUCUGGAUGUCGGUGUUAAUAAUCUGAAGAGCUACAAUCUGAAACCAACUGAUAAUUUUGCUCUGAAGCUCCACAACAGCGCUGAAGGAAACAAAAACGUAGAGAUGGUUUUACAGAAGUCUUUAGACAGAGAGAAGCAGGAGCAGAUCAAUCUGGUGUUAACGGCUGUAGAUGGAGGAGAGCCGCAGAUGUCAGGAACGAUGCAGAUUGUUAUUACAGUCUUAGACGUUAAUGAUAAUGCUCCUGUUUUUACACAGAAAACAUACAAAGCUACAGUUACUGAAAACUCACCUAAAGGCACCGUUGUUGCUACAGUUACAGCAUCAGAUGCAGAUGAAGGCUCUAACAGUAAAAUAACAUACUCGAUUACAAACACGGUACAUGAUGUCAGAAAAGUGUUUAUAAUUAACGAUAAUAACGGGGAAAUUACUUUAGAUGGAAACAUAGAUUUUGAAAAGUCGCAAGGUUUUCAAAUAAAUUUACUUGCUAGUGAUGAAGGAGGACUCACAGAUUCUUGUAAAUUAAUCGUUGACGUGCAGGACAUGAACGAUAACAGCCCUGAAAUAAAGAUCAUGUCCAAAUCCACUGUUAUAUCAGAGGAUGUCAAAUUAAAUACAGUUGUUACGAUAAUAAGCGUGGAUGAUGAAGACUCUGGAAACAACGGAAAAGUAAAUUGCUUUAUCAAUGAGAAUAUGCCUUUUAUUUUAACAUCAUCCUCAAAUAAUUUCUACAGUUUAGUGACAGAAAGCGAGUUAGACAGGGAGAGAGCCUCUGAGUAUAACAUCACGGUGAGCUGCUCUGAUGAAGGAGUGCCCUCCCUCUCCAGCAGCGUCACUCUCACCUUACAGAUCUCUGAUGUGAACGACAACGCGCCUGUCUUUGAGAGGAGCUCAUAUGAGGCCUACAUUGUAGAAAACAACACACCAGGUCUCUCUAUAUUCACAGUGAAAGCCACAGACGCUGACUGGAACCAGAAUGCCCGAGUUUCUUACAUACUGGAGGACUCCUCCGUUAACGGAGUUCCGGUCUCCUCAUAUGUGUCCGUUAGUGCUGAUAGCGGAGUCAUCCACGCAGUGCGCUCUUUUGACUACGAGCAGAUCAAAGACUUCCGGUUUCACGUUAAAGCGCAGGAUGGAGGCUCUCCUCCUCUCAGCAGCAACGUGACUGUGAAAAUACUGAUCCAGGACCAGAACGAUAACCCCCCUCAGGUCCUGUUCCCGGCCCAGACUGGAGGCUCCGUGGUGGCUGAGAUGGUGCCUCGUUCAGCAGAAGUGGGCUAUCUGGUGACUAAAGUGGUGGCUGUUGAUGUGGACUCUGGACAGAACGCCUGGCUCUCCUAUAAACUGCAGAAAUCCACAGACAGGGCGCUGUUUGAAGUGGGCUUACAGAAUGGAGAAAUCAGAACUAUCCGUCAAGUGACUGAUAAAGAUGCUGUGAAACAAAGACUGACUGUUAUAGUGGAGGACAACGGCCAGCCCUCUCGUUCAGCUACAGUCAUUGUUAACGUGGCGGUGGCGGACAGCUUCCCUGAAGUGCUGUCGGAGUUCACUGACUCUACACACGACAAGGAGUACAAUGACAACCUGACUUUUUACUUAGUCUUGGCUCUGGCUGUAGUUUCCUUCCUCUUCAUCACCUGUUUGGUGGUUAUCAUCUCAGUGAAAAUCUACAGAUGGAGACAGUCUCGCAUCCUGUAUCACUCCAGCCUCCCUGUCAUUCCAUAUUAUCCACCACGUUACUCAGACACGCUGGGGACAGGAACUCUCCAACAUGUGUACAACUACGAGGUGUGCAGGACCACUGACUCCAGAAAGAGUGACUGUAAGUUCGGCAGAGCUGCUAGUCAGAACGUGUUGGUAAUGGACCCCAGUUCUACAGGAACCAUGCAGAGGAUGCAGGGUGAGAAGAGCAUCCUUGAUGAGCCUGACUCUCCUUUAGAGGUUAGUUAAAAUGAUCCACAUACAUUUUUAAUUAUAUUAUAUGGGGUGCUGAUUAUCAGUCAGUUGCAGUCAGCACCAUGGACAGAGUCACUGUUAUUGCUCUAACCUAACCCCUUAAUCUAAUGUGAUGCAUUUCCAUUCGUUCAUACAAGCUUUAUUUAAAUUACGCACUCAUUGUCCCGGAUAAAUCCACAUUUUAUUUCUUGUUUCAGCACGCUGGAAAGCAACACUCGCAACUUCUCUCUCAUACCUCUAACGAAUUUUGUUGUUUUGAGAUGUGUUAAUAACUUUUCAUUGAUUAGAAUACAAAUAAUUUAUUAGUUAUGAAAACAGCAUGUCUCUCUCAUCUGCAGCCUUUAUGCGCGCUAGCAUGUUCUCCUCCUGCAUGUGCGGAUUGUGUACUCCGGUUAGCUCCCUCUGACCAAAAACACACAUGUCAUUUGAGAUGAAAAGUUUCAAGUGUCUCUAUAAAUAUAAGUUAGCCUCUGUGUCUCAUUUUGGGAUGGAGCUAGACGGGGGACCGGUCCAGAGUGUUUCCUGCCUCUCGAGGUUGCUCGCUGCAGAACCACAAAUGCGGAGCUGCGCCUGAGUCAGCCCCGCCCACUCACGCAAACAGCCUAGCCCACUGACUUCUUCAGUUUUAUAGUUCUUAUUUUAUUUUAUCGCAAACUAAUCUGACCCACAUGAAUUACGACUGUUACUAGUUUGCAAAUGUUAAUGCUAUGCUAUAUGCUCCAAUUAAGCAAGAUAAAUUUAACUUGCUACAUGACAAAGCCUGAAUAUAUACCGAAAUGAAAAGGUUUCUUUUAGCGAAUAUCUGUCCAUAGCCACUCCAACAGAACCGGGCUACUAUAGCAUUUAAGGGUAACUGUUCAGUGGAUUGUGGUAGUCCAGUUUCAUGAUCGUCUAAUUUAAGUUUUGUUUUCCCCUCAGCUGAUGUUGGUUCGACUCUCGGUGGGGUCGGCAGCAAUCUAUUCAGCCAGCUGAAACAUUUAAUUUAUUUAUAUUUAGUUGUAAUGCUUAUUUUCUGCAACAUAUUUAUGUAUCUAAAAGUUCUUUGAAUUUGGUCGUUCCUAAACAGCGUUUUAGUUGAAACUCUGCUCACAAAUGGACUCACACUGGCUAAAUAAACUAAUAAAUAAAAAAACAAACACAUUAGUCAUUAUGUUUUAAACGGUAUACCAAUAAAUGGUUGUAAACAUAGUACUGGCAAGUGUAGCUAUGAGAAAAAAGUUUGCGCCUCUACCGGGAGGCGAACCUGCGCAAAACUACAUGCCAUGCAGACUGCUCAAACACUUCACCACUACAUCUGACAACAAGCUGGAGGCAUCACAUGUAAUUGUCCCAUGCAGUGUGUUUUUGUAGAUGGGACGUAUGGUUUCUCGGCGGUAUCUCAGUAGAAGUCGUUUCAGAAAUAAUUUGUCAGAAAAUUCACAGAAUAUCCAGAUUUGAGAACCAAGACCAGACCAGCUUCGGAGGAGAGGACCAAAUUGAAACUGAGAUGGGAGGAAAAUGUGUGAAUGAGUCCAAAAAUGGCUUUGGCGUGUUUCUUAUGAGGAAAUGACAAUAUAACAUGAGAAACAGUUCUAAAAGUUUGAUUUUUAAUUAAAUAGAACCUUUACAAAAGCGGUUCAGUUAACCUCUCAACUCAGUCCUCAGUGCUCAAUCUUGCAUUUUAGAUGAUUUAACACCCUCUUUGGUUCCAGAAUGCUAUCAAGUCUGACAACUGGAAGGAAUUGGACGGACUCUGAUGGAAUGGGCGGGGCUGACUCUGGUGCAGCUCCGCCUUUGUGGUUCUGCAGCGAGCACCACUUGGUUUUUCUUGUGAGAUAUGUAAAUGCUUUUUCAUAGAUAAGAAUAAAAUGCCACCACACUUUAUUAAAUUAUUUUGUAACAUUUGUGUCUAACUGAUUUUUAGAAAGGAGUUCGUGUGGCAGUUUGUAGCGCUGCUUCCUCACAGCAUAAAGCCUAAUUAUACUUCUCCGUCUGCGUCGGGACUGACACACGCAACGCCAUUAUGCGUUGAACGCUGCUUCCUGUUGCCAUUCGUCAACUGCACCGUCUUUGCCGCUUCAGAAAAUAAAGAGAUAUUUAGCAGCAGACACAAAACAGACUGAAGAAUGCAUCACGGAAAAAGUCUAAAAAUAUGAACGUUUUUAGCCCGUGAAUGACGGAGUACAAAGACAUGCAACACAUGUUUUAUUCAUGGACGGAAAAGACAAGAAACAUGACGUUAUAGGUGCUGAUCGCACGAAGAAGUGAAUUAAAAAAAUCUGAAACACACCCAAGCAAUGUAAACACAAAAGUAUAUACUCUAUUGUGGAACGGAUCCUUGACUGACGCGAUGGGAUUACCACUGAUGCGGCACCGACCCAGCUCAUUUAACCGCACCUAAACCUUAACGUCUUGCCAUUUAUAACCUUCCCCUCACCCUAACCUUAACCCUCUUUCUACCUAAAACGUUACUCUCACAGUGACCAAGCGUUUGUUUCCCAUGCAUUCUGACUGUGAAUUUUCGGAUUUUCCGCCCAGGCAAGGGAACCUUAGAACAUACCAUUUGGCGAGGGGAAGGUUACAAAAACCCUCUAAUUCUAACCUCCACCUUAAUUGAAACCUCCUCCUCGCGUUGCCUCGGCCCAAACCCAAUUAAUUUUAUGUGGGAAGCAAAUGCUUGGUCACUGUAAGGGUAACGUGUUAGAUAGCAAGAUUAGGAAAGGGGUGAGGGAAGGGUUAAAUAACAAGAGGAUACGGUUCGGGUGCGGUACAAUGAGCUCGUUUGGUGCCCCGGCUGCGGACAUGCCAUUGCGUCAGGUUUACGCUGCAUGGGGAUCUGCAGUCAGAAAAGGGAAAACCCAUAUAAGUGACGAAAAAUGGCACUUUUGGCGUCAGGGGGGUGUGACGCAGAGGGUGGCUGGCCAAGCGUUUGUUUUUGACGCGCUGGGAGUGAGAAUGUGUGGGACGGAGAAGUAUUAUUUAGGCUUAAAUGUUUUAAUCUCAGCUGUGGCAUUUAUGCAUUAGCGUGGCUUUUUCCAGCGACUCCGGUUUGAUCUCUCUGACCAAAUUUGUGCAUCCCAGGUUAUUCUGAAACUUUAAAUUGUUCUAGGUGAGAAUGAGCCUUGAAUGGUUGUGUCUCUGUGUGCUGUGAUGCCGGACUGGCGACCUGUGGCUGCCCCGCCUCUGAACUGAUGAAGAGAGGAGUAAGGUUGACGCUCCCUGCGAACCUAUAGAUGAAGUGUUGUGGGGAAAGUACUGAUGAGUAGAUGAUUAUUCAAAGAGAAAAAAAAAUAAAACAGUCAUUUAUUGUUAAGUUUAGGUUUUAAUUUACUUACUUUUGGUGAAUAUGUGCUUAAAAUAUAUAUUAAAAACUAACAUC